CGGGGAUUCCGUCGCGGCGUAGCCGUCUUGGUCCCUCAAGCUUAGCCCCAGAGAACCGGCUCAAGCGAUUUGAUUAGCGUAGUGCACGGCGUGCUCCAAUUUGCUGUUGCUAGCUUCCUGAGAGGUUAGUUGCAGCGCUUCAAAUGUUAGUGAGUGCGCCGGUCUUAUCUGAUGAUAACGCGUUGGAGCAGCGGGAGCAUUCCGUACGAGACUGGAGAAGAGGCCGUCCAGUGCCCACAAUACACACCCAUAGCGUGAGCUGUUCACGAUUGGAUCAUGGACAACCUCCCCACUUUGACGAAUCAGGGAGGUGGCGGAGUUAUGGUACUGUUGUUUGUUGUUGUAGAUGUGUAAUUUGGUCGAAGAGUUUCUAGCACAUCACCGUGUCUUGUGGAGGUUAAAGACGUGGUCCAUAUUCAGCCAUCCGACAGUGUACACAGUACAUGUAGGAAGCCUGCAGCCGUCAUCGAUUGCUCCAUUUAGUAAACAACAGGGGAAUUAUCCGCAAGACAAUAUGCAGACUUAUGCUUCGGGCAGACUUGAACAAAUUAAGACUGCCUGCCAUGGACCGGAACUGCGCUCGGGCUCAGAUCGUCCGACGGGGAUACUGGAGGUUGUGAAGACCCAAUUUCCCAGUUUCUUGGAGCGGGUCCAAAGUGGAUGAUGGG